GGAAACAAAAGAAAGAAAGGAAGCACUUUCUCUCUCUGGCUUUGGCUUUGGUUUCCUUUCUUUUGUUUAUGCUGUGUUUCUCAAACCGUUUGGGUUUUAUUUUUUGUUUUUAUUUUAAUUUGGUUUUCGUUGACAACUUCACCAACCAUCUCUUUCUUUUCUCUCUUUCCUCUGCGCGCGACGCAGACCCAACUCUCUCUCUCUCUCUCUCUCUUGGACCCAGACCCAGACCCAGAGGGAAAAGAAUAUUUCUCAUUUUUCUAUUUAUUUUCUUCAGAAAUCCUAAGCCUAACCUCCUUAUCUUCAAUCUCACCCAGAGGGUCUUUGGAUAAUGCCGCUUUCUAGGGUUUUCUUUCCGGGCAAUGGUUUGCACGUGAAGUUAAUCAGGGAGUGACGGGUUUAGUGGUGGUGUGCUACCAUCGAUGAUUUUUGAAUGAUUGUUAUGGGGUCGUGUGGGAGAUCUGCUGUCAUCGAUGGUCCCUCUGGGGGGUCUGUUACUGAGCACCAUUUGUGUUCUGGGAUUCCGGCGCAGGUGGUUUCUGUGGAGGAGUCUUGUUUGGGAGAGGCUUGCGAUGUGAUUGACUCUAAUGUUGACCUCGCCACUGUGACCGAUGGUGGUGCGGGUUCUGCAAGCUGUGUUCGUGUUUCUGAGGGGUCUGGUGAUGCUUUGGGUUCCGCGAGUGGAUGUGAAAAUACUGGUUUGUUGCCGCUGGAGAAGACUGCUGAAGAUGAUUGUCUCAAUUGCUUGGGGGUUUCUUGCGGGAGCAUUGAAGUUCCCUGUCUUAAAAGUGUCUCAGAGGGGAAUUUUCUGGAUGAGGGCAACUUUGACCCACUGUCGGGGUCGAUAACGACUAGUGAUUUGCAGGGGCAUUGUGCACAGCAGGAUGAGCAGAUGGAUGAUAAGAGCAGCGAAUUACCUGCAGCAGAUGAUUCGGCUGUCGUGGAAGGCAAAAAUGACUACGCCGGUGUUUCUGCUGAUGCUUUCAACUGUGUACUUGAUUUCAGGGAUCCUGAAAUGUCUUUGGAAUCGGACUCCGUGGCUGACUUGCUAGUUGAUUGCAACCAGCACAGCGAGCAGGAGGAAAUUAUGAGAAGAGCAGAUCCCUUGUUGAAUGUUGUGGAAAAAUGUGAUGCUCUAAUUGGGACAGAAGCUGAUGGUUGCGGGCAGGUAUCUCCUUCUCCCGCUAUGGAAGGGCCAUCAGGUGCUUUAUAUACAGAUAAAGAAAUAGACAGCACAAGUGAUCAGCCAUGUGAUUGGAAAGAAGGUGAGGAUAAGAAUAGUACUUGUGAAGAAAAGGUUAAAGCUUUUGUUGAUGAAGAAACCAACAUUAGUUCAUGUGCAAAAAUUUUGUCCUCUCCUGGUUGCUGUAGGACCGUUGGGAGAUCACCUGUAGUUGAUUCUCCUUCUCCUGCUAUGGAAGCUGAUGCUUGCAGGCUAAUAACUCCUUCUCCAGUUAUGGAAGUUCCAUCAGGUGCGAUAUGUACAGUUACAGAAGUAGAGAGCAGAAGUGAUCAGCCAUGUGAGGCUUUAGUUACCAACUACUCUUCAAAGGAUGUUCCUGAUCUCCAUUGUGAUGAUGUCUCCAUUAAUAAUAAUAAUAAUGUUGUGGACAAUCCAGGGAAGAUGAAUAAUGAUGGAAAAGAAGAUGUUGAAGUUAAUUGUAUCAAUGAAAGCAUACCAUUACCUUCUCAGAGGAAUCGUCGAAGAACUCAAUUUGGCCGUAAGACACAAACCAAAAAGGCUUCAAAAAAAUGUAAGAACAAAGCCAAGGAGACACAUUCAAGUGAAGGUAUGGAGCUAAAGGCUGCCAGAAAGAAAAGAAGUCAUUUCCCCAACACAGCUCGUAAUUCUAUGUGGGGAUCUGGGAAUAUUGAACAGUUUUUUGAGCAAGAUAAUGAGCUUGGAGUUGGUGAAGCUGCACGCCAAGAAUUGGGGAAGGCUAAAAGCAAGCGUCAAAGUGGGAAAACAGUCAAGAAUGGGGCAAGUUCUAGCUCUAUAAGUCCAGUACAGAAGUGUCCUGUUUUAACUACACGUGUUCGUCUGAAGAUCAAAUUCGGGAAAGAAGUUGAUUUAAAUUGCUCAAAUGUCUUGAUUCCAGAGUCUGUUGAUGGCUUGGCAUCUGCUUUCCACUUGGGGUCUGAUUCAAGUUCUCAGAAAGUAGCCAGGAAUGCUGAAGAUAAAAUUUCUGAAGCAGUGGCUUUGGGCAAUUCAGAAUCUUUUAACAAUGAGUUGGACAAGGAUGGUCUUGUUCUAAAUGGACAAGUUGCAAAUAACCCCCCCUUAGAAGAUACUGAAAUAACAAAGAAGUCAGGUGAGUAUACAGAGGAACCUUGUAUUGCAGUUCCUCCAGGGAAGGUGGUUGAAGCAUUGAUUGAACCUAUCAAUAACAAGGGUAUGGAUCCUGGAACUUCCCCUGAUUCAGAAGUUAUCAAUUCAAUUCCCGAAGUCCAGGUUGGAGAAAGACAGCAAGAAGAUGUACAUCAUGCUGUUUUAGGUUCUUCUAAAAAGUUGAACCCUGAAGUGGAUGUUAUCCUCAACAAGAGAGGGAGGAAGAAAGACAAACUUAUUUCUUCAAGUAAUUGUAUCACUGAAGAUGGAUCACAAGGUCCACCUGGGAAUAGUAGGGCUAAGCAUUCAAAGAAUCGCAAACGUAAGAAAAAUAGCAGGGAUGCAGCUAGCUCUUUGGAAUUGCCUACUUUCACUGAGAUAAGCAAAUCAGUGAGCACUAAAGAUUCGUCCUCAGAAUCAUUGCUCCCUUCUGGAGAGACUGAACUUGGAGGUUCCACUGAGGCUUUGAAAGUUAAAAAUCACAUGGAAGUUAAGACAGGUGGCAAACCAACCUUUGACCAUGGAUUUUCAGAAUUCCCGGCUUCUGAGAAUUUGCUGUGUUCUGCAAGACCUUUGGGGCGUAAACUACCUAAAAGGCUUAGACCUAGUAAAGUUAGCAAGACCAAAUCUAAAGCUUCUGACUCAACUGGCAGGAAAAAGAGUACUUGUACACACAAGGAGAAACAGAAAAAGCCAAUUAAUAAGAAUGAAGUCAAAGGAAAAGGUGUCUCUCUUAAUGUCACAUGUGAAGCAGAAGAUCGCCCACAUCCAGAAGUAAAUGUUGGAAAUCAUAAGUUGGAUGCUGUUGGAAAAAUUAAUGCUGAUAACAACAGAGUAUCAGUCAAUUUACCUAAUCUGGACAUGCCGUCCGGUGUUGGAUUGGGGGAGCAACUUCUAUCUCCCCGUAAUGCAUGGGUGCGUUGUGAUGAUUGUCUCAAGUGGCGGCGAAUUCCAGCUGGGCUUGCAGACCUAAUUGAUGAAACUAACUGCACCUGGACAUGUGCGGACAGCAGUGAUAAAGCCUUUGCUGACUGUGCUAUCCCUCAAGAAAAGUCAAAUGCAGAGAUUAAUGCAGAGUUGGGAUUAUCUGACGCGUCAGGUGAAGAAGAUGCAUAUGAAGGCUGCAGAAAUUUUAAGGAAUUAGAAUAUCGGCCUCCAUUUGUUUCCCAGGAGUCUUCUUUUACCCAUAUUUUCACCAAUGAAUUUCUUCAUCGUAGCCACAAAAGUCAGACCAUUGACGAGAUAAUGGUCUGUCAUUGCAAGCCGCCUCAAGAAGGAAAAUUUGGCUGUGGGGAUGAAUGUCUAAAUCGGAUUCUUAACAUCGAAUGUGUACAAGGAACUUGCCCAUGUGGGGAUCGUUGUUCCAACCAGCAGUUCCAAAAACGCAAGUAUGCUUGCUUGAAGUGGUUUAAAUGUGGGAAAAAGGGUUAUGGACUGAAGGCGAUAGAGAAUGUAGCUCAAGGCCAGUUUCUUAUUGAAUAUGUUGGAGAGGUGCUUGAUAUGCAAACCUACGAGGCACGGCAACGAGAGUAUGCUUUGAAGGGUCAUCGGCAUUUCUAUUUUAUGACCUUGAAUGGCAGUGAGGUGAUAGAUGCAAGUGCAAAAGGAAACUUGGGGCGUUUCAUUAAUCAUAGUUGUGAUCCUAAUUGUCGGACAGAAAAGUGGAUGGUGAACGGGGAAAUCUGUAUUGGACUGUUUGCAUUGAGGGAUAUUAAGCAGGAUGAAGAAUUGACAUUUGAUUACAACUAUGUAAGGGUUUUUGGUGCUGCUGCCAAAAAAUGUUAUUGUGGUUCACCUAAUUGUCGAGGUUAUAUAGGUGGUGGUGAUCCACUUGCUGAACUGGUAGUUCAAAGUGAUUCAGAAGAUGAAUUUCCCGAACCUGUUAUGCUUACUGAAGAUGGUGAAAUUGAAGAUGCUCUACCGACACCCAAAUAUUUUAAUAAUGUUGAUAAACAAUCUGCUAAACAUAUGUUAAAUAACAAGGACAUAUUGGACAAGUCUACAACUGCUGUAGAUUCAGAUUGUUCUCCAGAGAAAGAGAGUUCUACAAACCUUGCCCCUGCUGUUUCUCUGUCGCACAGCUCAGUAGAAAUGGAGGACAAGGCCAAGUUACCAUCUUCUGUUCAAGAUGAGGAAAGUAAUCAACAAAUGGAGGAUGAAACAAGCAAACCCAUGCCUGCUGUACAAGGAAAUGAAAAGGAAUCAGAUUUUGCAGACAAAACUUCUUCACUUCAAAGAUUUGAGACUACUUCUCCCCUUGCAACUGUCAGCAAAAUGUUACCAAAUUCUACUGGUAGUAUUAGGGAGUCAAAGUCUGAAAUAAUUGAAGGCAGGAAGACAUCCAAGUUAAAUGGUUCUGUUAAAAAGGGAAAGCUUCAUGCCAAUCCACCGAAUGGCCUUAAAUCUGAGGUAAUAGCCAAUCGAUUGCAGGUGUCAUCUAUCAAACACAAAAAAGUAGAAGGUUCUUCCAAUGGACGGUUUGAAGCAGUUCAGGAGAAACUUAAUGAGUUGCUGGAUGGAGAUGGCGGAAUAAGCAAAAGAAAAGAUGCCACCAAAGGGUACUUGAAGCUUUUGUUUCUCACUGUGGCAUCAGGUGAUAGAAGCAAUGGUGAAGCAAUUCAAAGCAAUCGAGAUCUUUCCAUGAUCCUUGACGCACUUCUGAAAACAAAAUCUCGAGCAGUGCUGAAUGAUAUAAUUAACAAAAAUGGUUUACAGAUGUUACAUAACAUUAUGAAGCAGUACAGGCAGGACUUCAAAAAAAUUCCAAUACUACGGAAGCUUCUUAAGGUCUUGGAGUACCUAGCAGCAAAUAAGAUAUUGACAUCUGAACAUAUUAAUGGUGGUCCCCCUUGUCAUGGAAUGGAGAGCUUUAGAGAGUCUAUGCUUUCUCUGACAGAGCAUGAUGACAAACAGGUCCAUCAAAUUGCUCGAAGCUUUCGAGACAGAUGGUUUCCGAGGCCCAUAAGAAAACACGGUUAUAUGGACAGGGAUGAUAAUAGAGUGGAAUCUCACAGAAGUUUCAACGGUAACAGAUUUUCAGCAUCACACAGUCAUAGGCAUGAGCAGGAUUUAAGGACUACAGAAGCAAUUGAUGGCAGUCAGCAGUCAAUGCUUGUGACAGCUCCAGUAGAUGCUGAUGCCCAGGAAGGCUGUCCUGCACAGUCUCGAGAUGGGGUUGAAACCAAAGGAGCUAGAAAACGUAAGCGCAAAAGCCGAUGGGAUCAACCAGCAGAGACAAACUCACAUUCUGAUGCAGUUAUGAGCUCUAUUGGUGAAAGCCAGAACAUUUAUGAGGAUGUUCCACCAGGGUUUUCGUGUCCAAUAGGUUCAUUAAAUACUUCCCUAAACUCUGGUAAUGUUGUCUUGCAAAAUGCAAGCCGUUCUGGAUGUCCCCCUGAUUUAGUUAUCGGUCAUCCUAAAGAGAAAUUUAACUCUCGCUUGCCUAUCUCAUAUGGAAUGCCAUGGUCUGUUGCCCAGCAAUAUGGAACACCUCAUGCUGAAUUUUCUGAGUGUUGGGUGACUGCACCUGGCAUGCCUUUCAACCCAUUCCCUCCACUACCCCCAUAUCCGCGGGACAAAGACUGUCAACCUUCUAAUACUACUAAUGCUAUGAUAAUUGAUCAACCUGCUGAAGUUAAGCGUUGGGAUACCAGUGGUGUGGUUAAUUGUUGCUCAGAUGAAAUGAUUCCCAGCACAACCGGUGCUAACCCUGAAGACUCGAACCUUCUGUUCGAGGACAAUAAACACAUAACUAAACGAUUGAAGGGUGACUCUAAUGAUUUGGGAACGAGGUAUUUUAGACAGCAGAAAUGGAAUAACUCAAAAAUACAUCGACCAUGGUUCAGGAAGAAUGCAUGGGAAUGUAAUGAGAACAACUCUAGUGGUGAUAUGUGCAGUAUAGAUGUAGAUGUACCAAAAGAGUCAAAAGUUACUUGUGAUGCGGAGGAUGCAAUCUGUAGAGAGGAGAAAGGUGGCAAUAAUAUUUAUUAGCAUGCACAGCAGCAAUAUCAAUAUUGUUCACAGGAAAAAGAUUUUUUUUUUCUUUUUUCUUCCAUAUACAUUAAUGUACUGUCAAUUCAUUUGUUCCUGAAUCUAUUAUUCAAUGAAAAUAUCAUUCAAUUUCAGCAUUCCUCUUCUUCAGUUACUACACUACUUGGGGGGAUCCUGCUGUUCUUAAUACGAUCUGCCCAAGCCUUCAAGAGGUAGGUGUUUCUCUAGACUUGUAACCCUCCGAAAUGGAAAACCUCUUAUGGAAAUGCACAGCAUUGAUGAGACAAGAAUUGUUUGUUUUAACGUUUUCUUGACAUUUAAUAAGUGAGUGGACUGAAGCUGA